AUGCCUUGCCUUAGGAGCAUUCUCAUCCUAGCCACCACCACCACCACACUCCUCACAACCACCAACGCACUCCCCCAUUGCGGCGCCAACCAAACCGCCUCCAGCGAAGACCCAUACUGCCAAACCCUCCCCCCAGACGCCAUCCCCGCACCUAUAACCCCUCCCACCCCAGCCGACGGCGUGCCCGACAUCGUCAUCAAAUCCAACUGCGACUUCCCCGUCUACCUGCGCGAAGUCAUCGCCGGCACCGAGCAAAACAGCAUCCACCCCUUCGGCCCCGACGGCGAGGACAUCCUCAUCACACCCGGCGAAGUCUGGACCUCCAUGUUCUACUGGCCCAACCUGGGCAUUUCCAUCAAGCUCUCGCGCGACCCCUGGGUCGUCGGCGAGCCGCAGCCGCUCAUCACGCAGCUCGAGUACACGUGGGAGCCCGAGCCGCAGAACUUGUGGUAUGACAUCAGUGAUAUCGACUGCUACGACACGCGGUAUCCGGGCGAGCAUGGGACUGACUGUCCGUUUUUUGAAGACGGGGUUUUGCUGAGGAGUGAGAGCGAGUGUCGCGUCUUGAAGUGUUUCCCGCUUGAGGAUGACUGCAAGGAUGCGUAUAUCUACCCGAACGAUGACUGGGAGACGAAGUGCUGUACGGGCAAGCCGGUGCAUUUGUUUGCGGACCUGUGUGCGAAGAAUGUGGGUGAGGUGAUGGGCGUGGAGGAGGAGGAAGGGGCUUUUUUUGAUGAUGUUGAUGGCGAGGAUCCCGAGGCGAGAUAUCUUGCGGACCAGCAGGCGGAUGCGGUGUUUUGA